ACUUCAGACUUUUGAAAACGAAUUUUGAAAACGUUCCUAAUCUGUGCCUGGUAUGACUUCGAAAGGUCGAGAGCCAGUAUUUUUCUUCUUCGACAUCGAAGCCGCGAACAGUUCAGUUGGUGCUGACAUAAUUCAAUUUGGGUUACGUGCGAUCCAAGUGUCCAUUUGAUGGCAGAGUUUAGUGCAUUUGUGAAAACAAAGCAGAAAUUAUCAUCAUUCAAGGAUGAUGAAAUGGGUGACCAAUAGGACUUUGGCAGCAAGCAGGAAAAGUAGAAAAAAGGGAAAACAACAGAAAAUGUUUUACCCAGUUUUGCUUGCUCAUGGUGGCAAUCGGUCGGACUUUCCGAUGUUGGUGGACAACAUCUCUCGCCACAAAGCCUCAUCCGGCUAUUUGUACCCGAGACUUCGUGUGGGGGACACAUACCAACUUUGUGUAAAGCUUCAAGAAAACGGUUUGCCAAUAUUUGACAAACAAACGAAAUUAGGAAUGGAAGGUUUGCACAAAUUAUUCUUCCCUGGUGAAGACUUUAAAGAUCGUCACAGUGCUUUGGGAGAUGCCAGGUGA